AUGGCUUCUCCCACACGAGCCCUCAUGAACAACCUCAAACCCUUCCUCGCCAGCACAACCCACCGAACCGACAUCAUCCUCUCCCACACGUCCCGGCUCCUCUCCACCACCUCCGGCGUCAACUCCCUGCUCACAACCCUCUUCUUCACCCUCACCUUCCUCCACGCCCAACUCACCCGCCUCCUCUCCGCCCGCUACGAAUCCCUCGCCCUCUCCAUCGCCUCCCGAGCCUCCGAAACGCUGCUCCCCGGCGAGACCCUCAUCGCGACAAUCCAACCGCCCCACCUGACCCUCGCAUCCUGGUGUGCCGCCGUGAAAGCGGCCGGAGACACGGUGGAAGACGGAUGGAUCCUCAUGCGGUUGUUUGGGUUGUUUGGGGUGUACAGCGGGGCGAGGAAGGUCUACGUGGAGGGCAAGAGGGAUCCGGUGAUCAAGUCGCUGGUCUGGGCGAAGAUCUUGGCACGUGCGGGGUUUCAGGUGUUGGAGAAUGGGGCAUUUCUCGUGAGGAGGGGGGUCUUGAGGGGUGAGAAGUGGACGGCGAGGGAGAGAGGGUUAUGGGUUUGGAGUGGGAGGCUGUGGUUGGCGGAUACGGUGCUCGAGUUGCUCAGACUGGCACGGGUCAGGCAGUUGAAGUAUAACGAGGAUUUCGGAGCGGAGGAGGUUGAUGAGGAUGAGAAGGAUAAGAAGGACUUCAGCAUCCAGAGUAGAGCACUGGAGAAAAGGUGGUGGAGAAGCCUGUACAUUAAUCUGGGAUGGUUGCCACCGACCUUUCAUCUGAGCUUUUACGACGAGGAGCGGAGUCCUGUCAGUGAAGGCUGGGUAGGAUUCUCUGGCAUGGUCCCAGGACUUAUCGCUUUACAGGAUGCUUGGAGAGAAACGGCAUGA